AAAAUGAAAACUUUUUAUGCCUGCUAACUGCAACGAUAGCUGUGUCGUUGUGUUUUGAAAUCUGCUCCGAUAAUUAAAUUAGAAUUAAUUUUGACACAAUUUAUCUAUAUUAGCAAUAUUUUAUUAAUAUUUUGGUGUAAAAAUGUCCACAACACCUUCAAGCAAUAAUAGUAGUGACCCUCGAAGGCCUGAUAAAAUCCAAAGAUUAAAACAACCUGCGUCUUGUAGCGCUUCUGGACCUGGAGAGGAUCCAAUGCCAGAUUAUAUGAACGUCCUCAGCAUGUUUUGCAGUAUGUUUGGGCUCAUGAUGAAACUAAAGUGGUGUGCUUGGAUAGCACUUUAUUGUUCUAGUAUCAGCUUUGCAAAUUCUAGAGUAAAUGAUGAUACCAAACAAAUCUUAAGCAGUUUUAUGUUGUCAAUCUCUGCUGUGGUAAUGUCUUACUUGCAAAAUCCUACUCCUAUGAAUAUACCUGGACUUUCUUGACCUAAGUAACCUAUAAAAUUUCAACUCAGUUUUCAGAAAGAAAAAAAAUUGUAAACAUUCUGAAUUGUUCAAAAUAAGCAAUCAGUUUGGAAACAAAUAUAUAUAAUAAAAUUCUUAUUUAUUGCA